AUGGCAGAGGAGAUCACCACUUUCGUUUCAAAUUUACGUCUUGAUGAAGAAGAGGAACAGAUCCUCGACUUUGAUACUAUAAACCCUAAUUAUGAAAAAACGGUUUCCUUGCUCCUCAUAGGGAAACUUCUUACUGAACGAUCUUUUAAUGUGGAAGCUUUCAAGCGGACUAUCACUACUGUUUGGGAGCCCAUCCAUGGCCUGGUAAUUAGGGCGCUCCGUCCAAAUUUAUUUGCUUUCCAAUUUUUCCAUUGGCGGGAUAUGAUGAAAGUCCUCAAUGGAUGCCCGUGGAAUUUUGACAACAUGCUGGUUCUAUUGAAGGAGGCAGACGGUGAUGAACCCCCGGAUCAGGUAACUCUCAAUCAAUCCCCGUUUUGGGUUCGGUUAAAAAAUCUCCCCUUUAAUAUGCGUUCUGAUAAUGUUGUGAAAGCUUUGAUUGGUAAUAUGGGUGACAUAAUAGAAAUUGAGGAAGAUGUUCUUGGAUUUGGUAGAUUCCGUCGUGUCAAAGUUAUGCUUGAUACUACAAAACCGUUACGCCGGUUUAGAAAACUUAGAGAUAAGAAAGGUUGUGAGAUACAAAUUGACUUUGCCUAUGAACGCCUCCCAUGCUUGGCUUGUGGUGUUAUGGGACAUUCCGAAAAAGACUGUCAAGUAGUUUUUGAAGAGGAUAAAUGCUGGGGAGAAUUUACUCCACCUCUCUCUCAGUUGCCUGGUCACGCUUUAGAAAAAGGGAAAUCAUCUUUUGACUUCUCUUCAAGUCUCACUGUUGCUGAAGUGGGGGACAAAGAUUCUGAGAGUCAUAAAAAUUCAACUUUUGUGUCGGCUCCCCAUGCAUUUAUUCCCCCAGAUAUUUCAAUAAAGGCUGCUUUUUCUCCCCCCUUAAAUGAGGUGUCCGUGGAACUAAAUGAACAGAGGCCCACUUAA